AUGUUUAAACUAGCCCGUACCGCCACAACACAAAGUACUGGUGUUAGGCCAAAAAUGGCUUUAGCACUAAUUAAAACGGCACUUCGACCCAGUAAUCUCAUGACAAAGACACGUGGUAUUAGUUCCGUGGUACCCGAUACUAAUUUAAAAGAUUUCGAAACCUACAAUGAACCUAUACUCGAAUACAAAAAAGGUUCAGCCGAACGUAAAGCCAUCGAGGAGGCAUUAAAACGUACCGCCGCUACAUGUGAAGAAAUUCCAAUUGUCAUUGGGGGCAAAGAAAUACGCACCGAUAAAGUUGUACAUCAGGUUAUGCCCCAUAAUCAUCAACAUAAAUUGGCUAAAUUCUAUUAUGCCGAUAGGAAGACUAUACAGAGCGCUAUAAAGACAGCCGUUGAAACCCAACCCAAAUGGGAUCGUACACCGUUGAGUGAACGUUUGAAGAUCUGGGAAAAGGCGGCGGAUUUAAUGGCCGGUAAAUAUAGGCAGGAAUUGAAUGCAGCCACAAUGUUGGGACAGGCGAAAACUGUUAUACAGGCUGAAAUUGAUUCGGCAGCUGAAUUAAUUGAUUUCAUUAGAUUAAAUGCUUUCUUCUUAAAAGAAUGCGCCAAAUAUCAGCCAAUUAGUGAAAAUAUCAAAGUAACGAAGAAUUCGAUGCGUUAUCGUGGUAUUGAUGGUUUCGUGGCUGCUGUCAGUCCAUUUAAUUUUACCGCAAUUGGCGGUAAUUUGGCCUAUACACCAGCUUUGAUGGGCAAUGCUGUUUUGUGGAAACCUUCAGAUACUGCUGUUCUUUCAAAUUGGCGCAUUUUUAAUAUUAUGCGUGAGGCCGGUGUUCCUGAUGGUGUCGUUAAUUUUGUACCAGCCGAUGGUCCUGUCUUUGGUGAUACCAUUACAGCUUCACCAUAUUUGGCCGGCAUCAAUUUUACCGGUUCAGUUCCCACCUUCAACCGUCUGUGGAAACAAGUCGGCAACAACAUUGACAAGUACAUUAAUUUUCCACGUUUAAUUGGUGAAUGUGGUGGUAAAAAUUUCCACUUUGUACAUCCAUCGGCCGAUGUACAGACCGUUAUAACCAGUACCAUUCGUUCGGCAUUUGAAUUUUGCGGUCAAAAAUGUUCAGCUUGCUCACGCAUGUAUGUGCCAGAAUCUUUGUGGUCUAAGAUUAAAGAUGGUUUAGUUGCAGAAGCCACUAAACUAAAAAUUGGCGAUGUUCAAGAUUUCUCAUCAUUCACAUCGGCUGUCAUUGAUGAUAAAGCAUUUAAACGUAUUACUUCCUAUAUUGAACAUGCCAAAAAUAGUCCAAAUCUAACUAUCCUAGCUGGUGGUACUUAUUCCGAUGCCAAGGGUUAUUUCGUUAAUCCAACGAUUGUCCAAACUACAGAUCCCAAAGAUAAAAUAAUGACUGAGGAAAUAUUUGGACCUGUUUUAACUGUUUAUGUUUACAAGGAUGCUGAUUUGAAAAAUGCUAUGAAUUUGGUACCGACAUCAACUCAGUUUGCAUUGACUGGAGCUGUAUUCGCACAAGAUGAAUCUUUCUUGAAGCAGGCUUUGGAAGAAUUCAAAAUGGCAGCUGGUAACUUCUAUAUCAAUGAUAAAUCAACCGGUUCAAUUGUGGGUCAACAACCAUUCGGUGGUGGUCGUAUGUCUGGAACCAACGACAAAGCUGGUGGCCCACAUUACAUUUUGCGCUGGACUUCCCCACAAGCCAUUAAGGAAACAUUUGUGCCGUUACGGGAUAUUGAAUAUCCAUAUAUGAAACAAUAAACUGAUAAUGAUGAACAUGAAGACUCUUGCCCAAGGCUACUACUAACAAGAAUAUAAAGCGAAUAUAAAAC